GGGUGGCCAACACAUCCCGUCGUGCCUUGCGACUUUCUCUGGUCUUACUGCGUGGGCCUUUCGUUCUUCCUCGUCUGAUAGAAGUUUACCGGACCGAAAUGGCGGACGUACUGGACCUUCAUGAGGCGGGCGGGGAGGACUUCGCUAUGGACGAGGACGGGGACGAAAGCAUUCACAAAUUGAAGGAAAAAGCCAAGAAAAGGAAAGGCAGAGGCUUUGGUUCUGAGGAGGGCUCCAGAGCUCGAGUUCGCGAGGACUACGACAGUGUCGAGCAAGACGGGGAUGAGCCAGGCCCACAGAGAUCUGUGGAAGGCUGGAUUCUCUUUGUCACUGGUGUUCACGAGGAGGCCACAGAGGAGGAUAUUCAUGACAAGUUUGCAGAAUUUGGUGAAAUCAAAAACCUGCACUUGAACCUUGACCGGCGGACGGGUUACCUGAAGGGUUAUACACUAGUGGAAUACGAAACGUACAAAGAAGCCCAAGCUGCGAUGGAGGGCCUCAACGGACAGGACCUCAUGGGGCAGCCCAUCAGCGUGGAUUGGUGUUUUGUCAGAGGACCUCCGAAAGGAAAGCGAAGGGGUGGCCGUAGGAGGAGCCGGAGUCCUGACCGGAGAAGGCGCUGAGGAGAAACCACCACCACUGCCCUUCUUUCCCGCCAGUUCACAGUAUACGUUCUUGGUGAACAUGAGAGAGGCACAGAUGUCUUCUAGUAGACCUGAGUUCCAGCAUUUGUCUCUUGCCUCUGUUCCUCCCCAGGGUUUUUUUUUGUUGUUGUUAUGCUUAAUUUUCCCUAUAGAUUUUUAAAAAUUUUGUAUCUAAAAGUACACAAGGCUUCCUUUAUUCCUUGGAAGCAACCUUGUCCCCUUUGCUGUGAUGAGAAUUGCUUGACUUUUUGGUUUGUGAAAAGAAGCCGUUCAGAAUAAAAAGACUGAUUUUUUUGUAAAAAAAA